CGCCUGCUGAUGGUGCUCAGCACUUGCCGAUACCUCUCCCAGCACGGCCUGCACAGCCUGGGCCAGCUCAUGGAGCGCCACCACCUUCCUGCCGUCGCAUCCGUGCUGCAGUUUGGCCAGCGAGCGGUGGGCGAGCUCGACGAGAAGCUGUUUGAGGAGCUGCUGGAGCAGAAGGCCGACCCCAUCGUGGGCGCCCUGGAGCCGGGCAUGUACGCCGGCUACUUCGACUGGAGCGACUGCCUCUCGCCCACUGGCGUCAGGAAUUACAUCAAGGAGACGCUGAUGCACAACACCGCUGCCCACGCCGAGGAAGCCUCUGGAGCCGUGAUGCACUCUGACGUCAUUGUCAUCGUCUAG